AGAAAAUGGCUAUGAGUAAUUACACUAUAAAGAAUGUCUCCUCUGCCGAGCAGCUGAAUAAGUUAAUCACUCAGUUUGUUGCACAUGAGGGAUGGAUGCCAGCACUUGAUGAUCACACUCUUUACUACAAUACUGACCCCACUGGUUUCUUUGUAGGAGAACUAGAUGGAGAGCCGAUAAGUCUCAUCUCCAUCGUCAAGUAUGGUGAUAGUUUCGCAUUCAUGGGGCUCUACAUUGUACUGGAGAAGUAUCGUCGUCAAGGUUAUGGCCUGGCAUUGUGGACGAAAGCUUUGGAGUCUUGUCCAUUCUCAUACAACAUUGCGUUGGAUGGUGUUCUUUCUAUGACUCCAUUGUAUCGGAAGUGGGGUUUUGUGGACACUUUUAUGAGUAGUAAGGCACAACUAAAUAUUGCAACUGCUUCAACCAAGUUAGAGAGCUUUGUUCCUCUGUAUAAUGUCUUUGUUCAACCAGCAAACCAAGUCGACUUCAACAAGCUCACUGUUUAUGAUACAGACGUGUUUGGUGCCCCUCAUCAUCUCUUCCUAAGAGGACUGGUCGAUGGCCCUAACACCAUCACCCUUGUAGCGUCCAAUCAAAAUGGAGGGAUAACCGGCUUUGUUGCAGCACGGAAGACCAUCAUAGUCGAAGAAGGUUGGAAGAUCACGCCUCUAUAUGCUGACAAUGGUCAGGUAGCUAGAGCUCUACUAAAGGCUAUUUUAAAAAAGAUGAUUUCGAAUGACCCGAGAAGGACAGUGUCUAUGCUGCUGUUGGCAUCAGACACCAAUCCUGACACUAUGACCUUGUCUCAAGAGGUGGAUGCUGUUUUAUUGAGUGAUAUGUGUCGAAUGUACACAAAGGGACCACUGGACUUUGCUAAAGAGAAAGUGUAUAGUUAUGCAUCAGCAGAAUUGGGAUAGCAUGCAGAUAAUAAAAUUAAUUAUAUUUUAUUUUAUUAUUAUAAUUAUAAUUAUAACCAUAUCACAGCUACACAACAUUAAAUUUGCAUGAG